GACUCAAAAUCACCACCACCCCCAUCUUAAAACCAGCCCCCAGCCCCCUCCACCUUUGACCAAGCCAGAACCAGAAGAAAGGUGGUGGUGGUGCUAAGUGGCGGUACUGGUGGUUGAUGGUCGGUGGUGGUGGUGGGGACACACAUCCCUCCCCCCCCCAACAGGACACCCCCAAACCUGCUUCUUCCUUCUCCACACCGCCCUCCCCCCAAACUCCAACCAACCCCCAACCCCAAACCUCCCCCAGAUGAUGGUGAAUGAUGAUCGUGCCACAUCAUGAAGCUCUUGUGGCAGGUAACUCUGCACCACCACCAGCAGCAGCAGCACCAGUAUCACCAGUACGACCACCACCACCACCACCAUCAUCAUCAUCACCACCAUCAUCAACCUUGGCCGAGUCGUCACCGGGCGUGGAGAGCAGCUUUGGUUUCCUACUUGACCGUCCACGCUUGGAUCUUCUACGUGGCCGCCGCCUCUCCGGGCCCUCAGAGCUGUCCGUCCGUCUGCUCCUGCACCAACCAGUUCAGCAAGGUGGUGUGUAACCGGCGGGGCCUGGCCGAGGUGCCCCCCGGCAUCCCCUCCAACACCCGCUAUCUCAACUUGAUGGAGAACAACAUCCAGCUGAUCCAAGCGGACACCUUCCGGCACUUGCACCACUUGGAGGUCCUCCAGCUGGGGAGGAAUUCCAUCAGGCAGAUAGAAGUUGGGGCCUUCAACGGCUUAGCCAGCCUCAACACCUUGGAGCUCUUUGAUAACUGGCUGACCGUCAUCCCCAGCGGCGCUUUCGAGUACCUCUCCAAGCUGAGGGAGCUGUGGUUGAGGAACAACCCCAUCGAGAGCAUCCCCUCCUACGCCUUCAACCGGGUGCCCUCCCUCAUGAGGUUGGACCUGGGGGAGCUGAAGAAGUUGGAGUACAUCUCGGAAGGGGCUUUUGAAGGCUUGUACAACCUCAAGUACCUGAACCUGGGGAUGUGCAACAUCAAGGACAUGCCCAACUUGACCCCCCUGGUGGGUCUGGAGGAGCUGGAGAUGUCGGGUAACCACUUCCCCGAGAUCAAACCCGGCUCCUUCCACGGCCUCAAGUCCCUCAAGAAGCUCUGGAUCAUGAACUCCCAGAUCAACUUGAUCGAGAGGAACGCCUUCGACGACCUGACGGCCUUGGUGGAGCUCAACCUGGCCCACAACAACCUCUCCUCCUUACCCCACGACCUCUUCGCUCCCUUGAGGUACUUGGUGGAGCUCCACCUGCACCACAACCCCUGGGACUGCGACUGCGACAUCCUGUGGCUGUCUUGGUGGCUCCGGGAGUACAUCCCCACCAACUCCACCUGCUGCGGGCGCUGCCAUGCCCCGCUCCACAUGCGGGGCAGGUUCCUGGUGGAGGUGGACCAGACCGCCUUCCAGUGCUCGGCGCCCUUCAUCAUGGACGCUCCCACGGACCUCAACAUCUCCGAGGGGAGGGUGGCGGAGCUCAAGUGCCGGACCCCUUCCAUGUCUUCGGUCAGGUGGCUGCUGCCCAACGGGACGGUGCUGAGCCACGCUUCCAACCACCCCCGGCUCUCCGUCCUCAACGACGGGACCUUGAACUUCUCCCAGGUCCUGCUGACGGACACGGGGCUCUACACCUGCAUGGUGACCAACGUGGCCGGCAACUCCAACGCCUCGGCUUACCUCAACGUGAGCACCGCCGAGCUCAACACCUCCAACUACAGCUUCUUCACCACCGUCACGGUGGAGACCACCGAGGUCUCCCCGGAGGAGAUCUCCCCCAAGUUCGGCAAGCCGGUUCCCACCACCUCCACCGGCUACCAACCGGCUUACACCACCACCACCACCGUCCUGGUCCAGACCACCAGGACCCCGAAGCAGGUGGCCGUCCCCACCGCCGACUCAACCGACAAGAUGCAAACCAGCUUGGACGAGGUGAUGAAGACCACCAAGAUCAUCAUCGGCUGCUUCGUGGCCGUCACCCUCUUGGCCGCCGCCAUGCUGAUCGUCUUCUACAAGCUCCGCAAGAGGCACCAACAGCGCAGCACCGUCACGGCCGCCAGGACGGUGGAGAUCAUCCAGGUGGAUGAGGACAUCCCACCCGCCGCCGCCAGCACCGCCACCAACGCCUCUUCGGCGGCGGCGGCGGCCAGCGGCGGCGGUGGUAGCUCAGGUGAGGUGUUGCCCACCCUCCAUGACCACAUGAACUUCAACACCUACAAAGCGGGGGGCCACGGGGCUCACUGGACAGAGAACAGUUUGGGCAACUCUUUGCACCCCCCCGGGACAACUCUGGCUGAGCCUCCCUAUAUAAUCCAAACCCACCCUAAGGACAAGGUGCAGGAGACCCAAAUAUGACUUGAUUUUA